ACAUUCAAGAAUCGAGAGAAGGCAACACGUCCACGUGGUAUGUGUUAGCCGGUCAGACACGUUGUUGAUGUUGUUAAUAUCAUAUAAAAAAAUUAUUAUAACAGUUAUUUGUUUUUGAAUUCACUCGGAAUUUAGUAUUUAGAAUACUAUAAGUGUGUGGUAUUGUGAGAAUUGUUUAUUUUUCGGAUGAAUUGUCAUUUAAACGAUGGGUAGUGUCGUUCAUAAAGAAACUAACCGUGGAUCGAUCAAGUUAUGGCCCCGUACCAUUCACGUCAAUUGCUAGUGUGGACAUUGCCAACUGUAGCCGUUCUACUCAGCUAUUUGUGGUUCAAAAAGAAGAGAAUUGGACCUCGAAGUGACCCGGGGUAUAAAUCGACGUCGCGCAAAGAGGAAAUCGAAGAAAAAUCUCUAUUCGAGGAAUUGAACGAGGCGGAACAGACGAUUCCGACGGCGUCUUCAACGCCGAACAAAUCGUUUUCCAGAUCCCUCUCCGGCGUGGAAUCGUCUCCCAUAGAUAUUGUCAUACCCCCGGAAUUGAGGGCCACGAAAACUACCCCUCGAGUCGUAUCCGACGAGGACCUCGAUUUGGAAAUCGAGAAAAUUAAAUCGAUGAAAAACGGACAUUCGUUUUCCGUUAAAACGGACUCGCCCGCCGACGAAAAUAUUUGUUCGAAAGGGAAGAAAAAUCAGAAGAAGGAAACGGGGAAAAUGGCCCAGAAAGAUAUGGCCAUAGUCGAGGAGAAAUUGACCACUUUGAAGAUCGGGAAAAAUAAAGAGUGUCCCAAGAAAAGGGAACAAAAAAAUACCGAAAGGGAUUCCGCCAAUCACAGUCCUUCCGACGUCAUGUUGGCCAGCCCUUCGUUAAGCAGCAUCUCCGAUAAUCAUAGCGAGGGUUCCAGCGAUAGCGGUAAAGGCGGCAGCGACGUAGCCACCCCACCCCCUUCCCGAACCCCAAACAUCGACGUAACCGCCACGUUGCCAACUUUCUACGAAUUCGUCAUACCGCAAUCUUUGGUAGGAAAAUUAAUCGGCAGAAACGGCAGUUUCGUAUCUCAAAUAAGGAACACGACCAACGUUUCGGUAAUAGUCAGGGCGCAUCCGAACAAUAACAAAAUGAAAAUUUGCUCAAUAGAAGGCGCCACCCAGCAAAUCGAAAACGCUUUGAAAAUGAUCAGAGACAAAUUUCCUUCUAAGAGAUAUCCCGAAGUGACGUUGGAACAAAUAGAUUUGACGCCGGCGCCCCCCGUAGUCUCCCUAAUUCCCGAUUAUUUAUACUUGAAGCUCGUCGAAGGUAUCAACAACGACACCGUUUUGAGUUGUCUCGUCGCCCCCAAUCACCUGUUCCUCCAACAACCCACCCACCCCUCGUUCCCCAGUCUAAAUUUAUUGACGAAUUGUAUGAACGCGUGUUAUUCCCAAAGCGAUUCCCCCUUGAUACCCACGCCGGUGGCCGAUAAUACGGUGUGCGCCGCUUAUUCCGUCAACGCCUGGUACAGGGCGAUCAUAUUAUCUUCGGACGUACAAAACGAUACGUCCUAUAUCAGAUUUUUGGAUUACGGCGGUUUCGCUUGGGUGGAAAAUUCCAAACUUCGACAGAUCAGAGGGGAUUUUAUGUUGUUGCCUUUCCAGGCGGCCGAAUGCAUUUUGGCGAAUAUUAUGUCGAUAAACGAGGAUGGAUCCUGGUCUGAAGAUGCUUAUAAUUUAGUAGCCGAUGUUGCCAAAGGUUCCAUAAUGUAUACGCAAAUAGCCGAUUACACGGAAGACGGAAUACCACUCGUAUUAAUAUACGUAGUUGUAGGAACGCAGAACGUAAUAUGUUUGAACGAACAUUUGGUGAACAACGGUUUCGCUCAGUUCGUACCGGAGUCCCAACCUGUCUACGAGGAAAAUCAAGUGGAACAAGCAGAUUGCGGCGUGUCUACAUGAGCGUCGCGUUCGUUGUUUUUUUUUUUUUCUCUUUCGCCCACAAUGGGUUUACUUUAGUCACUUGGUUAUCCCCCAAGCACUCGUUAAAUAGUUGAAUUAUCACUUUUAACUGUCGCUCUUUUUAUUAUUUUUUUUUUGACAUCCUGUAAUCUGUCGAUUCGGUUUUUAUUUAAAGCCCGGCUCACAUCGACCGGUUUUAAUCGCGCGAUCAAAAUUCCGCGCUUUUCAUCCAUCCGGUUUUAAUCGUACAAAAACAAUCGCUUUAAUUUGACCCGUAAUUGGUAGGGUUUUAUCGAUUUUCAUCUAAAGCAUAGCUCACAACGACCGGUUUUAAUCGCACGAAUAUAAGCCCGUUGAUUAACCGAUAAUUGGGAUCAUUUUUAUCUAAAGCAUAGCUCACAACGACCGGUUUUAAUCGCACGAAUAUAAGCCCGUUGAUUAACCGAUAAUUGGGAUCAUUUUUAUCUAAAGCAUAGCUCACAUCGACCGGUUUUAAUCGCGCGAACAAAAUUCCGCGCUUUUCAUCCGAAGUCGAGCUCGCGCCGUCCGGUUUUAAUCGUACAAAAACAAUCCCGUUGAUUAACCGAUAAAUGGAAUCAUUUUUAUCUAAAGCUUAGCUCACAACGACCGGUUUUAAUCGCACGAACAAAAUUCCGCGCUUUUUAUCCGAAGUCGAGCUCGCGCCGUCCGGUUUUAAUCGUACAAAAACAAUCCCGUUGAUUAACCGAUAAAUGGAAUCAUUUUUAUCUAAAGCUUAGCUCACAUCGACCGGUUUUAAUCGCGAGAACAAAAUUCCGCGCUUUUCAUCCGAAGUCGAUCUCGCGCCGUCCGGUUUUAAUCGUACAAAAACAAUCCCGUUGAUUAACCGAUAAAUGGAAUCAUUUUUAUCUAAAGCUUAGCUCACAACGACCGGUUUUAAUCGCACGAACACAAUCCCGUUGAUUAACCGCCAAGAUCACUUUGAUAAAUCCCAAAAACAGUUGGAUUUCGAUUUAAAGCGUGGUACACACCGACCGUUUUUAAUCGUACGAUUCAAACACCGCUCGUAAAGUCUCAAUUUCAAAUCGGAGCUUAUAUAGGAAUAAAUAGAGCGACAGUUAUUAUUGUUGAUAUGAUAUUUUUUUUUUCUUUUCGUGAAUGAUUCGAUAGUUUAAGUGAUUCAUUGUUUCUACCCAUUCGAUUCAUUUUCCGAUAUUUUAACAAUAAAUUUAUGAUUUGUUAUGAACGGAUUAUUUUAUAUAUUUAAGGUUAGUUUUUGAUGGUGAUUGUCGUCGGCGCUUUUUUUUUUCUAGCUGCUAGGGAUCGUUUUUUAUUUUAAUUUUUUUGUUUUCGGUAUUAGCAUUUUCAUUUUUCAUCUAAAACCAAUUCGAGGAAAUACGCGACGUAUAAAAAACGUUGUUCGUAACGCGUUUCUGGCGAAUAUUAUAUCGCAACGUUCGUUUUUGGUUACAAAUAAAAGGCGCGGUGGUGGAGCGUCGCGAGAAAUUGGCUUUGAAAAGAAGUUUUGUUCCAAAAGAAAAACUGACGUCGAAAAAAUUGAAUCUACCGAUAAAUUUCGUGUUUGUUAACAAAGAAGCUCACGAAUAAUUUCAUUUGACGUCAUGAGUUACUGAAAAGUCGUAUUAUUCGAGAGUACAUUAAUAAUGCAACGCGAAAAAUUGCCUAUGAUUCAUUUAUUACGCAGUAGUACCAAUUGGUUGGAGGUUUUUGACGUUUUUCGAAGAAAUUUGAUUGAAAGUGAGCAAAAAAAUUGAAUCUACUGUUAAAUUUCGUGUUUUUUAUCACGAAUAAUUCGGAAUGACGUCAGAAGUUACUGAAAAGUCAUUUUAUUUGGUGGUACAACGCGAAAAACUGCCUACGACACGCGCAUUUCGCAAUGUUGCCAACUUGUUGAAAUUUUUCGUGGUUUUUGGGAUCUAAAUUCCGAUUUUGUUCCCGAAUGCUCCUUUUUUCAUAUAAGAAAAAUCCACGAUUAAUUUCAAAUGACGUCAUAAUUCAUCAUAUUUUGGUGUAACAUAAUGAUACAACGCGAAAAACUGCCUAUGACUCACGUAUAACGCAGUGGUGUCAAUUGGUUAUAAUUUUUUGACGUUUUUAGAAAAAAUUGAGUUGAAAGAAAAACAAAAUCCCGAUUUUUAAGGAUCUGGAUUCUAAUUUUGAAUCCUUAGAAAACCAAAAAAAUUUAAACUCGCGAUUAAAAUUUAGUUUUUAAAUAAAAAAAAAAAACACGAAUUAUUUCCAAUAACGUCAGAUGUCAAUUUAUCUUGUAGUUUGAAAAUGUUACAACGCGAGAAACUGCCUAUAACCAACGUGACUGGCUGUUAUGACAUUUGAAGAGGAAAUUCGAUUUGCAGACUAAAAAUUAUGGUCUUUACAAUCUAUAUUGAGAAUUUGAUUCUUUUUAUGCUCAAAACAUAAUAUAAUGUCCAUCUCUGUUAGAAAAAUUAUCGAAAAACGUCACAAUUAUCUGAAAAGUCACUUUGGAAAUUGUUACAUCGCGAAAAACUGCCUAUUACUGACGUGUUAACGUUUGUAGUAGUGGAACGAAGUGAGAAACUACCUCAUUUGACGUAAUGACAACUGGUUGACAUUUUUAGAAGAAAUUAUGUUACAAAAACAAAAAAAUUACCAUAUAUGUACAGGAUUUGACACUAAUUAUGAUCUAAAAAAUGAAAUUCACUACUAAAUAUACAAUCAAAUCAUAAAUACUAUGUAAUGACGUCAGAAGUACGUGUCGAGGUAUUUUAUUAUACUGUACGGCGGUAAAACGACGCGAAAAAUUGUCUACGUCUGUGACGUGUGACGCGGUGUUGCCAAACGGUUUAUUAUGAUAUUAACUAUAAAAAAAAUUGUUUUAUUUUAAUAAAUAUAAUUCAUAUUUCGAAAAAUUAUUUAUAGAUCACUGUAUAUAUCCAUUUGGUUGCAUUUUAGUUAUUUUUCGAAAUUCAGGUAACGAAAAUUCAAAUUACCAAAAUUAGAAAAAGCACAAAUUUAUGGUUGGAAAAUGUCUGGUUUCAUUUCGGGGGGGUCGAGAAAAAUAAAUAAUAAAAUUACGUUUUUAGAACGUAGGAUUAAAAUUUUUGAUAGAAUCGUUUUUAAUUUUUUUUGACGUUUUUUCGAAAAAUCGAAAAAUACAAAUUUUGCUUUUAAUAAUAAUAAUAUUCUUUAUUAUUUUUCGAUACUUUUUUACAAAUUUUAUUCGAAAAAAAAAUGUAAAUAUAUAUAUUGAAUAAUUAUAUCAAUUUAAAAAAAUAUUGUCCCCCAAAUUACGUAUUAAAAAUGAAAAUAAAUAUUCAUAAAAUAGAAAAAUAAUAUAAACGUUUAUUUAACAAUACAAAAUAUACCCCCCAGAUUACUAUUUUGAUUUUAUCGAUUUAAUACGAAAAAAAAUUUUUGAAAAUUCUUUUUUUUUAUGUUUAUGGUAAAUUACAAAAUUUUAAAUUUUUUUUGAAUCUAUGUUCUGAACAAUGGAAAUAAAAAUAUUUGCAAAAAGAUUUAUUAACUUCAAGCAGUGGAAAAAAAUUUAAAAAAUCCUAAUUUCUCCAAUUUUACCUCCUUUAUUAUUUUUGUAAUUAUUGGAACAUAAUUAAAAAGAAAAUGUUUUUCUAAUUUCUUUCGAAUAAAUUGUUUAUUUGAAAAAUUUUCACCCCCCUAGAUUAUUUUUGUAUUUUUUGGAAUAUAAUUGAGAUCAGAAAAAUUUUAAAAAUCCUAAUUUCUGCAAUUUUACUCCCUUUAUUAUUUUUGUAAUUAUUGGAACAUAAUUAAAAAGAAAAUUUAUUUUCUAAUUUAUCGAAUAAAUUGUUUAUUUGAAAAAUUUUCACCCCCCUAGAUUAUUUUUGUAUUUUUUCGAAUAUAGUUGAGAUCAGAAAAAUUUUAAAAAUCCUAAUUUCUGCAAUUUUACCCCCUUUAUUAUUUUUGUAAUUAUUGGAACAUAAUUAAAAAGAAAAUUUAUUUUCUAAUUUAUCGAAUAAAUUGUUUAUUUGAAAAAUUUUCACCCCCCUAGAUUAUUUUUGUAUUUUUUGGAAUAUAAUUGAGAUCAGAAAAAUUUUAAAAAUCCUAAUUUCUGCAAUUUUACCCCCUUUAUUAUUUUUGUAAUUAUUGGAACAUAAUUAAAAAGAAAAUUUAUUUUCUAAUUUAUCGAAUAAAUUGUUUAUUUGAAAAAUUUUCACCCCCCUAGAUUAUUUUUGUAUUUUUUGGAAUAUAAUUGAGAUCAGAAAAAUUUUAAAAAUCCUAAUUUCUGCAGUUUUACCCCCUUUAUUAUUUUUGUAAUUAUUGGAACAUAAUUAAAAAGAAAAUUUAUUUUCUAAUUUAUCGAAUAAAUUGUUUAUUUGAAAAAUUUUCACCCCCCUAGAUUAUUUUUGUAUUUUUUGGAAUAUAAUUGAGAUCAGAAAAAUUUUAAAAAUCCUAAUUUCUGCAAUUUUACCCCCUUUAUUAUUUUUGUAAUUAUUGGAACAUAAUUAAAAAGAAAAUUUAUUUUCUAAUUUAUCGAAUAAAUUGUUUAUUUGAAAAAUUUUCACCCCCCUAGAUUAUUUUUGUAUUUUUUCGAAUAUAGUUGAGAUCAGAAAAAUUUUAAAAAUCCUAAUUUCUGCAAUUUUACCCCCUUUAUUAUUUUUGUAAUUAUUGGAACAUAAUUAAAAAGAAAAUUUAUUUUCUAAUUUAUCGAAUAAAUUGUUUAUUUGAAAAAUUUUCACCCCCCUAGAUUAUUUUUGUAUUUUUUGGAAUAUAAUUGAGAUCAGAAAAAUUUUAAAAAUCCUAAUUUCUGCAAUUUUACCCCCUUUAUUAUUUUUGUAAUUAUUGGAACAUAAUUAAAAAGAAAAUUUAUUUUCUAAUUUAUCGAAUAAAUUGUUUAUUUGAAAAAUUUUCACCCCCCUAGAUUAUUUUUGUAUUUUUUGGAAUAUAAUUGAGAUCAGAAAAAUUUUAAAAAUCCUAAUUUCUGCAAUUUUACCCCCUUUAUUAUUUUUGUAAUUAUUGGAACAUAAUUAAAAAGAAAAUUUAUUUUCUAAUUUAUCGAAUAAAUUGUUUAUUUGAAAAAUCUUCACCCCCCUGAUUAUUUUUGUAUUUUUUGAAAUAUAAUUGAAAUCAGAAAAAUUUAAAAAAAAUAUUGAUUUUGGAGAUCUUUUUGCAGCUUUUUUUGGCAAAUUACAAAAUUUCAAAUUUAACACUUUUACAAACUUUUUUCUAAAUUUAAGUAUUAUACAGUAGAAAUCAAAAUAUUCGCAAAAAAUAAUUAAAAUUAACUACUAAUAAUGAAAAAAACUGAAAAAAUUCGAAUUUUUAUAAUUUAACAAUUAUUUAAAAAUAUUAAAUUUUUUUUAGACUGUUUCCCAUAUUUUAUGACCAUUUGACAAUAUUUUUAAAGCCGCCUUUUUCGACCUUCAAAUUAUUGCUAAAAAGGACUCGAAAUCAAAAUUCUGUAAACGCCAUUUUGAUUUUUUUUUUGAAUUUUCAUUUAACUGAAUUAAAAUAAUGGGUAAACGUUUAGAAUAAUGUGUAUAUUCUCAAUCUCCCUUGUAUCUUGUAUCAAACUUAAAUAGUAAGUAAAGUUUUCGGGUAUUUAUCGUUGCUUUGGUAUUUUUUCGUGACUGGAAAUUCUCAAAAUAUUCAAAAAAAAUUACCAAUUAAAUUUCAAAUUCGACGAUUUCUUUCAAUUUAAAACAAUUUUCGGACCAUUUUUUCGAAAUACCCCGUAUAAAACAAGCUAAUUUGACGUUUUCAAUAUCUCAGAAUCCAUUUAUCUAAACCUUAGUUUCCAAUUCGAAUUUAUAAGAAAAUUAAAAAAAUAAAACCGUAAAUAAUUAUUUCUAACUUUUUUCUUAGUGUACAUAUUUUUUCCCCAAUCAAUUUCUAAUCCUAAAAAAAUAGGCCCCCCUUUUAAUAAAUUCAAAAAGUAGGAUAUUCUUAUAUUAGGGAUUUCGAUAAAUGGAUUCCACGAUCUAAAAAACGCUAAACUAACGUGUCGUGUUUUAAUUUUUUCAAAAAAAUUAUUUGAUAAUUUCCAGUUUAUUAUCGGUUACAUAUUAUGCUACAUGAAACCUUUUUUUUUUUAAUUUUAGGUAGUUUUGUUUUUAGAAUAUAUUUACGUAUUUAGUGUUUUGUACAUAAGACAUUCUUGUAAAAUAUAAUGUUUUUGGAUUAAACAUAUAAACUAAAUAAAACAAAAAAAAA